CAUCGUCAGACUUCACCGGAACUCAUAGUGUUUCUGAAGAGACAAACAACACCUUACCUACAAAAAAAUGAAGCAGUCAAUCUCUGCUUCUGUUGCUGCUCCUUCAACUCUUCCUUCCCUUUCUAUCCUCCGUAAAGCUCGGCUCUCUCCGUACCUCAUCUCGCUGUUAAUUUUCAUUCUGUUCGUCUCGGUUCUGUACGGAGAAGACCUCUUGUGCAUCUUUGGGCAGCAGCUCCAGCUCAACCAGGUCCCAGACAGCCCAGUUUCAGGAACAAAGGAGGAGAAGCAAAGCAAGAAGCUGCCCUUUGCUAUUGGAGGGGAUCACGAGCCAGAACUGGAAGGCUGUGAUAUAUUCAGUGGAAAGUGGGUGUGGGACGACUCAUCCCGGCCGCUCUAUGACGAGUCUGACUGCCCGUACCUUCAGCCCCAGGUGACCUGCCAAGAGCAUGGACGGCCCGACCGGGACUACCAGUUCUGGAGGUGGCAGCCCGAAGGCUGUUCUCUUCCCAGCUUCAAUGCCACAUUGAUGCUGGAGGCACUGAGAGGAAAGAGGAUGAUGUUCGUUGGAGACUCCCUCAACAGAGGCCAGUUCAUGUCCAUGGCCUGCCUCCUCAACUCCGUCAUCCCUCGAAACGCCUCCUCCUUGCACACAUUCGGCUCCCUCUCGGUCUUUACUGCUAAGGAGUAUAAUGCAACGGUUGAGUUCUAUUGGGCACCAUUCCUUCUAGAAUCAAACUCAGACAAUGCCGACGUCCACAGGAUAUCCGACCGGAUCGUGAGGAAAGGCUCGAUCAACAAGCACGGCAAGCACUGGAAAGGGGUCGACAUAAUGGUGUUUAAUACAUAUCUUUGGUGGAUGACUGGUUUGAAAAUGAAGAUCAUGAGAGGAUCAUUUGAUGAUGAAGUGAAGGACAUCUUUGAGGUAUCAACUGAGGAUGCUUACAGGAUGGGAAUGAAGGCCAUGUUGAGAUGGGUCCAAAGGAACAUGGAUCUCAACAGGACCAGAGUCUUCUUUGUUAGCAUGUCACCUUCUCAUGGAAAGAGCAUAGAUUGGGGCGGCGAGCCUGGUGGCAACUGCUACAACCAGACGACCAUGAUCGCGGACCCGCACUAUUGGGGCUCCGACUGCCGGAGAUCCAUUAUGCAAGUGAUCGGAGAUGUCUUCUCGAAGACGGAGAUCCCCAUCACUCUGCUCAACAUCACGCGGCUCUCUGCCUAUAGGAAGGAUGCCCAUACCUCCAUCUACAAGAAGCAUUGGACUCGCCCCACCCCCGAGCAGCUCGCCAACCCUGCCAGCUACGCCGACUGUGUCCAUUGGUGCCUGCCCGGGCUCCAGGAUACCUGGAAUGAGCUCCUCUUUACGAAACUCUUCUUCCCAUGAUCGUUCGCUUAAUUUGCGAACGCGAAUGUUCGUGAAAUGUAUCCAAUUUUUCCACGGAAAUCUAAAGCUGGUGUUGUAAAGAAACAAAGCGUAGUUCACAAUUGAAUUGAAUCUUCUUAAAAGAAAAGACUACCCCUA